GUCAAUGGAGCCACUCCGUUUGUUGGUUAUUGAUGAAGCUGCGCAGAUGAAAGUGUGAAUCGAUAAUACCCUUACAGCUCCCGGGUAUAAGGCACGUCAUUCUCAUUGGUGAUGAAUGCCAGUUACCAGCUAUGGUUCGUAGCAAAGUUUCUGAAGAAGCUGGUUUCGGAAGAAGUCUUUUUGAAAGGUUGACCCUUAUGGGUCAUUCAAAACACCUUCUCAAUAUUCAGUACCGAAUGCAUCCAUCAAUAUGUUCAUUCCCAAACUCAAAAUUCUACCAAAGUCAGAUCAUGGAUGCACCGAACGUUAAGAGUUGCAGAAAAUGCUAUCUUCCAGAUCCAAUGUUUGGCCACUUUUCUUUCAUAAACAUUUCUUGUGGAAAAGAAGUGCGUGAUGCUCAAGGUAGCUGGAUGAAUAUGGUUGAAGUCACUGUUGUAUUAAAAAUACUGCAGUUGCUCCACAAAGCAUGCAAAGCAUCAAAGCAGAAGGUUAGUGUUGGGGUAGUAACUCCCUACUCUGCUCAAAUUGCAGAACUUAAUCAGAAAAUUGGAAAGAAGUAUGAGAACCAUGAUAGCUUCACUGUAAAGGUCAAAACAAUUGACGGCUUUCAAGGUGGAGAGGAAGAUGUAAUAAUAAUAUCAACAGUACGAUGUGAUCGAUCAAUUGAGUUCAUCUCUAGUCCUCAACGAACAAAUGUUGCUUUGACAAGGGCUAGGCAUUGUCUCUGGAUUUUGGGGAAUGAAAGAGCACUGAGUAGGAGUAAAUCUGUGUGGGAAGAACUUAUCUGUGAUGCCAAAGCCCGUGAGUGUUACUUUAGUGCUGAUGAAAAUAAAGAUAUUAAAAAAGUCGUAUUAGAGGUCAUGAAAGAGCUUGAUCAACUAGAUGAUUUGCUUAACGGGGAUAGUAUGCUGUUCAAGAACAAAAAGUGGAAGGUUCUGUUCAGCGACAACUUUAGGAAAUCAUUUGCAAAGCUGAAGUCAUUGGAGAUGAAGAAGUUAGUUCUUCAUUACCUAUCAAAGCUUUCUACGGGAUGGCGACCAAAAUGGAAUCAUGCAGGCAUCAAUUGUGAAAGCUCAUCACAGAUCUUGAAAAAGUUCUACAUCAUGGGACACUACAUUGUUUGCUCAAAUGACAUAGACAUGGUUAAGGAAUCAUGGUGCCAAAUCUUGAAGGUUUGGGAUGUGUUGCCUUUAGAGGAAAUUCCAAAACUGGAUAGACGUCUGGAUGGCGUAUUUCGAAUGUAUACUGAUGAUUAUCUCAAUCGGUGCAAGGUCAAAUAUAUUGAGGGGGUUUUUGAAGUUCCAAUGACCUGGGACUCCUCAUCUGAUAUUGUGAAAUAUAAAAUUUCUCAUGACACUGAAGCAGGGAAUACUUCAAAUGUCAUUGCUUCUGAAGAAAGCUACAUUGAGAACACAAAAGUAGGUGACAGUUUUUCACUGAUGAAAUUCUACUCCUUGUCAUCUGGUAUGGUCAGCCACAUGCUUUCUGGUUACGAUGGUAAAGAAAUGGGUCUUCCCUUUGAAUUAACAAGCCAACAAAAGGAGAUCAUUCUUUUCAGUAGAAGCACCUUUAUACUUGGAAGGUCAGGCACUGGGAAAACAAGUGUUUUGACCACAAAGUUAAUUCAGAAUGAGCAAUUGUACUAUAUAGCAUUAGAAGGAUUUCAUGGAACAAAGAGCGAUCUCUCCACUGAUGUUAGCGGGAGAUCUGGUGUCAGUGAGAGUGACCGGGAGACCAAGGGAGCUGUCUUGCACCAGAUUUUUGUUACAGUGAGUCCAAAACUGUGUUAUGCAGUCAAACAAGAUGUGUCUCAAUUGAAAAGCUUUAUAUGUCAAGGGAAAUCUUCAGCUGAAAGCAGUUCAAUUCGUGUGGAUGAUAUUGAUGACACAACACAAUUUACAAACAUCCCUGACUCUUUUGUUGAUCUUCCACCAGAGUUGUACCCUCUUGUCAUAACAUUCCAUAAGUUCUUGAUGAUGCUCAAUGGGACAGUUGGUACUUCUUACUUUGAAAGAUUCCCUGAGGUUAGGAAACUCUGUCAUGGUAAAACCGGUAAUUCAAGAUCAGUUGCCUUAGAAACUUUUAUCAGGACAAAGGAGGUUAACUAUGACAAAUUUGUUUGGUCUUACUGGCCUCAUUUCAAUACCUACCUUACCAAAAAACUUGAUCCUUCCACAGUGUUUACCGAAAUAAUGUCUAUAAUAAAAGGUGGGUUACAAGCAGGGAAGGCUCAUGAUGGGAAACUCUCUCGACAAGAUUAUGUUUUAUUAUCUGAGGGUCGGGGGUCACUCAUUGGUGAGCAGACAAGGGAGAUCGUUUAUGAUAUUUUCUUGGAAUAUGAGAAGAAAAAGGUGGUGAGUGGUGAAUUUGAUUUGGCUGACUUAGUGGUUGAUCUUCAUUGUCGACUAAGGAAUGAAAGAUAUGAGGGUCAUUCAAUGGACUUCGUGUAUAUUGAUGAGGUGCAGGAUCUUUCGAUGAGCCAAAUAGCUCUUUUCAAAUACAUCUGUAGAAAUGUUGAUGAUGGCUUUGUUUUUUCGGGUGACACGGCUCAAACUAUAGCACGGGGUAUUGAUUUUAGGUUUGAAGAUAUAAGAUGUCUAUUCUAUGAGGAAUUUGUAAUGGGAUUGAAAAGUGAUGAGAUACAAGUAAGAAAAGAGAAAGGGCACAUUUCGGACAUUUUUAAUUUGAGCCAGAACUUUCGCACUCAUGCUGGAGUACUCAAGUUAGCACAGAGUGUUAUUGAUCUUGUGUACCAUUUCUUUCCCUGUUCUAUUGAUUUCUUGAGACCUGAAACUAGUUUUGUAAAUGGGGAUGCCCCUAUUUUGCUUGAAUCCAAUAAUAAUGAAACUGCAAUAAUGACUAUAUUUGGAAACACUGCAAAUAAAGUUGUUGGAUUUGGAGCAGAGCAAGUGAUACUAGUUCGUGAUGAUUGUGCCAGGAAGGAAAUUUUCAACUACGUUGGGACACAUGCUCUUGUAUUGACUGUCAUGGAGUGCAAAGGCCUGGAGUUUCAGGACGUGUUGUUGUAUAACUUCUUUAGCUCAUCACCUUUGAGAAACCAAUGGCGAAUCAUAUAUGGAUAUAUGAAGGAACAAAACCUACUUGACUCCACUUCACAUACAUCCUUUCCAAGUUUCAAUCUGGAAAAACACAGCGUCUUGUGCUCUGAGUUGAAGCAAUUAUAUGUGGCUAUCACUCGGACAAGGCAAAGAUUGUGGAUUUGUGAGAAUGUUGAGGAGUUCUCCGAACCAAUGUUUGACUACUGGAAGAAGCUCCGUAUAGUCGAAGAAAAACUACUAGAUGAUUCACUUGCGAGGGAAAUGCAAAUUGAAAGUAGUCAAGAGGAGUGGAAGUCCCGGGGCAUCAAGUUCUUUCAUGAGCACAACUUUAAGAACGCGAUAACUUGCUUUGAAAGAGCGGGAGACACACAUUGGGAAAGAUAUACUAAGGCUUCUCAACUUCGUGUGGCUGCUGACCAAAUGCGUGGUCGAAAUACAGAGAUGUCAGACAAUAACCUUAGGCAGGCUGCUGAUAUAUACGAGUCCAUUGGCAAGCAUGAGUUGGCUGCUCAAUGUUUUUUCGAGUUAAAUGAAUAUGAAAGAGCAGGAGAAAUUUACUUGGAAAAAUGUGGGGAAUCUAAGUUGGAAAGUGCGGGAGAAUGUUUUUCACUAGCGAGAUGUUACAAUAUUGCAGCAGAAGUAUAUGCAAGGGCAAACUUACACCUGAAGUGCUUAUCUGCUUGCAGUGAUGGGAAGUUAUUUGACAAGGGGUUGAAGUACAUUGAGAGCUGGAAACAAGAUGCUGCUACGAGUGCUGUAAAAGAAUUAGGCACUAAUGGGCAAGAAUUUCUACAGGGAGCUGCUCUUCAUUAUUACAAGCUCCAAGAUGUAAAAUCCAUGUUACGAUUUGUUAGAUCGUUUCAAUCCAUGGAGUCAAUUCGCAUCUUUUUGGAGAAGGAGAGUCUCCUCGAUGAGCUUCUGAUGUUGGAAGUAGAAAUGGGAAACUUCCUGGAAGCUGCCGACAUUGCAAAGCGAAAAAGAGAUUCUCUUCUUGAGGUUGAUUUGGUAGAGAAGGCCGAACUUUUCAGAGAAGCAUCUAUGCUCAUUCUCUGGUACGUGUUCAGAGACUCUCUGCAUACAAAAGGAAAAGAAAUUCAGCCUUUGAUGCAGUCUAUAGAGAAAGACAAACUUCUGACAAGAGCCAAGUCAAUUGCAAAAAAUCAUUCUGAUCAAUUCCAUGAGUUUGUUUGUAUGGAAGCUGACAUUUUAUCAAGAGGAAAAGCUAACAACAAUGGAGAACUCCUUGAGAUGGGCUUGCAGUUUAUUCAACACUGGAAAUUAAAUGCACCAGAAGAUGUUGGCAGGGUCAAAAGGCGUUAUGAAAUGAAAAUAAUUGAACAAAAUAUGUUAGAAAGAUGUGCACGUCAUUAUCAUGAUCAAAAAGAUUAUCAUUCCAUGAUGAAAUAUGUGGAAGCAUUUCAUUCCAUAGAGUCGAUUCGUGACUUCUUGAGGUCUUUGAAUUGCCUUAAUGAGCUUCUGUUGUUGGAAGAAAGAAGGGGAAACUUCGUGGAAGCUGCCAAUAUCGCAGAGCAAAAAGGAGAACUUUUACGUAAGGCUAAUCUUCUCGAGAAGGCUGGACAAUAUGAUGAAGCAUCUAAUAUUAUUCUCUGGUUUGUCUUUGCUAGAUCUCUUUGGGUUUCCCAAAGCAAAGGUUGGCCUUUGAAGCAGUUUGGAAAGAAGGAAGAGCUUCUCACAAAAGCAAAGUUAUAUGCAAGGAAUCACUCGGAUCUCUUCUAUGAGUUUGUCUCUGUAGAAGUGAAUAUUUUAUCGAACAAGGAAAUUAGCUUGUCUGAACUGAGCGAAUAUUGGCUUUCUUCCCACGGACAUGAAAGUCUGAGAGGUGAAAUUUUAUUGGUUCGGAAAAUUUUGGAUGCUCAUCUCAAUUCAGAUACCUCAAAGUAUGAGUGGAGUAAUGAAAUGCUUACCCAUAUGAGAAAGCAUUCAGAAGACAUGAUUUCCCAGAACCGGAUUUCAGCUGAAACAUUGGUUUACUUUUGGAAUGUUUGGAAGCAGAUGAUUGUGAUUUUAAUUGAUCACUACCUCCAGAGAAUCGGACAAGAAGAAGUUAGUGAGUACAGUAAUUAUGAGGAGUUUUGCUUGAAUUAUAUGGGUGUGCGAAAACACAAUUGUAAUCAGGGAACAAUUUACCUCUUGCUUGAACCUCAUGCCAACUGGAUAAGAGAAAUCGAUGACAGAUCCCUCAAGAGGAAUGGAAAUAUGGUUCAUAUUGGUGCUCGCCAGUUUGUCUUCGCAGCAUUGAGGUAUUGGAGUUCGGAAAUAUUUUCUGUUGGUGUCAAAGUAUUAGAAACUCUUAAAGCCAUUCAUGAGAACACUGUCAAAAAUUUCUUCUUUGAGUUUCACCAGAGUGUAUUUGUCUGUAUCUUUGAGGUUGCCAAGUUUCUUAAGGAGUACAAGUUUCACCACUGCGAGAACAAUAAAGCAUUUGUGCAGGACUACCUUACACCAUUUAUUCAGAGCUUCAUUGGCCAUGUAUUUCCUCAUGACUGGCGAAAAUCAUUUACAGAGAAUUCGAUUGUUCUGAGAGGAACCAACCUGUCUAUGAAUUUGAUAAAUGAAACAAUUUUGGCAAACAUAAGCUCAAAUGGGGAGUCAGCGACAUAUGGGCAAAUGGGGAGGGUGGUGAUGAUGAUAAUUGGGUCUGGUAGGCUAAAUAAAGAAUUAUAUGGGAAGGUUCGGUGCUGUUUUUGCAAGAAUUCACAAUGGAUGACAUUUAUCGAACAACUCAUUGAGAAUAUAGUAUCAGAUGUUGCUUUAAUAGAGGUAUCUUUGGUUAACAAAUUCCAUGAAGCUCUUGAAGAUACUUAUUUUGCCAAUUGGAGGUCAGAAAAGGAUUAUAUAUCACCUACUUGCUUCUUUUAUCUUCUUGAGUGUCUUUUGUUCAUGGUAUCCUACUUCCGAGGAUGUCAUUUAUUCACUUCAAAGGCAUCACUUAAUGAAUGGCUUAAAAAUCCAAAUGGCAGUUUAGUUAAUGAUAUCAAAUCAUCAUCACUUGAUUUGGGAGAAGACAUCCACAAUUUUAUUGCAAACCUUGUUCAGGAGAUGCUUCUCAGUAAGUCUGCUACAAUGGAGUGGAUUAUGUCAACAGAAAACAUAUCGGAGGAUUACUAUCCUUUCUUUGUUUUGAGAUUGAUUGUUCUGUUAUGUCUGGUUUGUGUAAACUUUGGGAAGCAUUUUGAUAAGCUUUUUGACCUGCUGGAUAGGAGUGAUAUUAGUUCACAACUGCCACAGGCAUUUUGUGAUGCCAUUCGUAGGAGGGAAUGUUACUUUGUCGAUGCAGUUGCUGAUGCACUUAAAAAGAUUGGAAACCCCCUUGUUGUAGUCGGUGUUGGAGACAAUUUUUCAAUAUUUCCUUGCUCCGAUGCAGUUUUUGUAAACCUGAAGGUAAACAAAUGCAGGGAGGAUAUAUUAAGAGAAUUGUUUUCGGAUGAACAAAAGACGAUGGUUGGAGAGAAGGAUUUCAUUUAUCCAUUUUCAAAUGGCAAUUAUGGUCUCUUUUGGGAAAUGUUUGAUGCUUCAAAUUCAGAGAACGAAAAGAAUAGAAAUGUAAUGAGCCUUGUGUCUGCUGCACCAAAAAUUAAGGUGGAGGUGGAGAAAAAUUUUCAACUUUUAUCUGCUGCAGUGGAUUUUUUUCAACACAACAUUAAUGAGGACGGUCAAAACCUUUGUGAAGAAGCUAACAUGAUUCUGGAUGAGUUGAGGCAUCUUUCUUUUGCGUUGGAUAGAAGUAAGCAAGAAAUUGAGGAUGACAUCUCAACAAUCAUUGAACUUGUAACGAGAUUGCAGUUAAGAGGACCAAGGUUGGACUAUUUCUUGAAUCGUCGCAAAAUGAUAGGCAACAAAGGAAUCAAGGCAGGAAAAAUAAAAUAGUUGAGCAAUCCUGCAAUGUUGUAAGGCGGUUUCUUCAAUUCAGUAAUACUUUACCCCUUGUAUUUCAUGUUUGUUGCAAUAUUUAGUUGUCAUCAUUAUCACUGUAUGUGCUACUUUCCAAGAACAUUUGCAAAUGAAACAAGCAAUAAAUAUGUAAAGGAAUUCUAUUUGUUUUGUAAGCAGUAUAAGUGAGCUGAUCUACCCUUGUAAAAGCAUGUAAAUAUU